AAGCAAUUGAACUAACGCAAAGCAGAAAAAUAUUGGCUGUUGUAAGCGUGUGUUAGCGUAAUUAAGCUUUUAAGCACGUUAACGACUAGUGUCGAAUUUUGAAAUUUUAAGUAAUUCAAAAAAGUGUGCAACCGCAGCCAACAGCAAAGCAACCCGGCGUGCGCGAUUUGACAAACGUCAAUCGCUGACUGCUGUCAAUGUGACACUUUAGCUUGUUAUAGCCAAUUGUUUACAGUUUUGUUGUGUCGUUUGCAAUGUGUAUCAUGAAAUUUUCUGCUUAUUAUUGCGUGCAGCAUUUGUGUUUGUGAAAGUGAAAAGCUCGUUUUGUGCAGUGCGUGUGUAAAAGCAAUUGUUGCCAGCUAACUGUGUGCUUAAAAGUUUUAGUGUUUUCCGAAAAUUUCUUGAGCUCCUCGGUUCACGAGCAAUGAGCAAUCAAAGCAACGCUCGUUUGUGCCGUGCAGUGCAAAAACAUUCGUGUAUUUAUGAUCACGCCGUGGCGAAUUCUGUUACGCGGGAGGCGUACGAUCGCGCCUGGCUGGAAGUAGCCAAAACGUGCGAGGAAUCAGUUGACAACUGCAAGCAACGUUGGCGCAAUAUACGAACUACUUUCGCGCGAUCGCUUAUCGGAUCAGCAAAAACGCGUAAAGGAAUUCGUGCACGAGAGCACAACUUGCACGAUGUAUUGGAAUUUCUCAUACCGCACUUAAAAGACGGAGCAGAUGGAUCGCCAUUUCACGAGAGUGAUGAAGAAGCGGAGGAUGUAGCAAAUGAAGUUGAUAAAAAAGCCAAAGUAAAUACAGAAGUAACGAGUAACUCUGAAGCAGAUGAUGGAAUUUUAGAAGAUCCUGUGAUCAAAAGUGGGAUUGACGAAUUAAAGGGAGUUAAGGUAGGGACUAAAGUUAGAAAUGAAUCAAAUACUGAAGAUGAUAAGGCAGAUGUUUCGAGCAAACGACCACCAUCUGCUAGACUUAAAGAAUUGCGAAAAACUAUCGAUGAUACUAAAGUGACGGAAACUAGGGCUGUCAAAAAGACACAGUCAUUAGGAAAUACUGCUAAUGCAGAAGAAGACGUACAAAAUAUGGUUGAAGAUGGGUUGUCUAAAAAUGCACAGAUCGAAAAGAGUAAAGUCGGUACAUUCUACAUAAGUACCACGAACAGUGAUACUGGUACAUCUCAUAACAAGAAAAAUGACGAUAGCAAUGAACUUGAAGAUACGACUGAAAACGAAGCAAGUGUGACAGACGACGAAAGUGUUUUGUACGAAUGUGAGCUUAGUGAAAGUACUCGGCCGGAAAGCAAAGUUGAAGAUCCUAUUAAAACACGACAAUGUCGUCUGAAACGCGCGUGUAAGCGUGGUUUGGUAAGGAAGACGAUCACUCAGCGGGAUUUGCGUCAGAGAGAGACUGCGGCGAAAGGUGUUAGACGAAGUGCUACGCGUUUGAAAUUACUAGGUGUGGCGACAAAGCAAUUGAUAGCGGAUACUAAAUUGGCACGCAAAACGGCGAACACAGCGCCAGUUGAAACUCAGAGUACAAGAACGCGUACUUUAUGCAUACCACAGAGUGAUACCACUAAUGCAGGCUCACCACAAAAGAAAUCCUUAAAACCAGUAAUUAAACUUACAAGGUUCGAUGCUAAUUCUUCACACACAUUUGUCACACAGGGCAUACAAUGUAGUCUACAGCCAACUUCAAGCGAUGAUGACUUCUUCGACACCUUGAAACCCUAUUUAAACGAAAUGAAUGCACGACAAAAGUUGCAUUUCAAGAAGAAGAUCUUCGAGUCGUUAAUGGAGGUUUUCGAUAGCACCAGCGAUUUCCCAGCAAACGAUCAAUCGAAAGCGAUCGUACCAAAAGAACUGAGCGCGGUGAGUGACAACGAGUUGCAUUUGGUGCGCGAACUGGUCGCUAUGGUGCAGGCAGCCAAACACACGCCCGAGCUCAACUUGGAUUUGAGUAGCGGUAGUGGUGGCGACUUGGCCAAUAAAACGACGAGCGCAGAGAAGUGUGCUGUGAUUUCGCCAAUCGUAGCGCCGCGUUCCACACCAACACCAACACAACCAACGCCAGCACCACCAUUGUCCUUACGAGUAACACCAUUUAAUACAACAACAACAAGUGCAAGUACACUGUCCAAUAGCUCAACGUCUACAACCAACAGCGCUACAACUUCGACACAAUCAACAACAACCACAACGUCCUCAUCACCACUUCUACACCGACGCGUCAUACGUAAAUUGGUUAAGGUGAACGAAUUGGGAAAGCCAUCAGCUUGCAACAUGCCCAGCACAAGCUCGGCUUAUAUACCGAGCAAAAAUGAGAUUUUACACCGACGCAUUUAUCGCAUAUUCCCCAAAAGUGGUGUGAAUAACGCCAGUUUAGAGAAUGCCGUAAAUGCCAGUAGUGUCGGUACGUUCAUUGUACCACGCAGCAUUGCCGAAGCUACAGUCCAUAAGACGACCACCAGCAGUCCAUUGGCCAGCACCUCUACAUCAGCUCGAACUUCUGGCACAGCAACUAAUCAGAAGGUGACACCAGUUAGUGGUGCGUCAGCUCCGCUUCAGGGUUUAGUUGGUGGAAUUGUUAGAACUGCUCGCAAUCCAACCACAGUUAGAGUCGGUGCGCGUCCGCUGAUGCGCCGUUUUUCGGUUUGUGGCGCUUUGCAAAAUUCUGAAACUGACAACAAAAUUUUGACCACCACUGCCAAUGCCAAAAAGCCGGUUUCGAGUACACCGAAAAUCACAAUUGCCCAUCGCUGUUCGCCCGCCAAUGUGGCUGCCAGAGAUCUUUUCAAAUUACCUACACCCUUCCGCAGCUCGAUUUCCAGUGUAAAUGCUAUUGUUUCGCCAGUUUCCACAAAUACGACGACUUCGAGAACCUCGCCGGUAGUGAGUAUUGGCGUCAGUAGUGAACGUAAUUCGGCUAAGCGCACGAUUCCUUUAAAUAUGGGUUUCAAUAAUGAAAGGACUGCUAUGGCAUCACCACCGAGCUCCUCCAGCAACGCAAAAGUUUGUCGGGAUGCUGCAAGAUCUCUCGGCACGUACGCCGAAGUUGUUUCACAUGUUGUUGGCAACAAACGGCCUCUUGCCACGUACGCCGAAGUUGUUGCCAAGCGUAGUCGCAAUGAUGAAAGCACUACUGGGACAUCUCCACCGAGAUGUUCCAGCAGCACGAAAGCUUGUCGUGAUUCCUCAAGCUCGCUCGCCACGUACGCCGAAGUUGUUGCCGAUCGUAAUAGCUCUUUUAAGCGUAACGAGGAAGACGCUCUCGGCGAGGAUAUGGUGGAUAUGGGCGUAGUUGGUUCGGAUGAAUUUGACAUAUUGAACAUUAAAAAUGAACCAGUCGAUGAUUAGUAUUGAAUUUGUUCUCACUUUAUUGCCUUUGUUACACAAACAAUUUAUUAUUAUUUCUCUUGAAAUAUAAUUAAUAUUGUAUAUUUCUAAUGUUACUUGAACUGAUUAUUAUUCCUGAAUUAUAAUAAAUUUGAA